CAGGUCACGAGCGCACGUCUCCUUCACAAUAAGAGCACCGGAAGUGCACGAGACAUGGGUGCGUCUCCAUGGAAACGACACAACAAGAUCAAAAAGGGAUCAAAGAGAGGAUCAAAGCACCGACAGUGACCAUGGCGUGUUUCCGUGGUAACAGGAAGGAGUUUUAUGGAGAAGUCACCCUAUUGGACGAGAGCCGUCUGAGCUUGAGCGCCGACAGCGGCCUGAAGCAAUCAUCGAGGGCGGGACAGCUGCUGCGACAGGUGUGUUCUCACCUGGGCCUGGACCAGAGCCAGUUCUUUGGACUCAAGAUCUACGACAACCGACAGCAGAUGGUCUGGUUGGACCCAGACAAGACUCUGUCACAGCAUCCUGAGCUCUGUAAGUCUAACACAUGGGGAGGGAGGGCAUCUGACUCAUAG